UAAAGGAAAGAACCCAAGUUAUAAUUGUAAAGCAAAAUUGCAAGAAAGUAAAGAUGGAGACACAAGUGAUGACAGCAAAUCUUUAAUUUCAACAGACUCAUUCACUGAUUUAUCAGCGAAUAUAAGAGGAAAACUGUUAUUGGAAAUGGCAUUAGAGGGUCAUGAAGGUAAUGCACCGGAGGAAAAUGAGCGUAAAACACGGGAAUAUUUAGAGUCAUUUAAGCAAUUUGACAACUAUUUUGUGGAAACAAAAGUUUUCCGACACGUGAAAGAGUUACUACAAACAGAAGGCAUAGCUAUCAUGACUGGAUUUCCUGGAUGUGGAAAAACAAACACUGCAGUACACUUGAUGUUGGACAAGACUUACGAAUCAUGGACAAAACACAUGAUUCAUACCUGGAAAGAUAUGAGCUUUUUGAAAUCAGAUAAAAAUACUCUUGUUUUAAUCGAUAAUAUAUUUGAUGGGUACAUGUAUAGCCAGGAAUUAGAACGAUGGUGGGACGUUUUUUACAAUAUUUUUUAUGAAUCCAUUCAAAAAUCUGAAAAAGGUUUUGUUUCAAUAUCAGGAGGAAAAAUUAGAUUAUUAAUUACAGCAAAGGAAAAUAUCAUCGAAACAGCUUGCGCUUAUAUGAGCAAACCAUCCCCGAUUUUUAAAUCUAGCUGUAUUGUUAAUAUGAGAAAUAUGGAAUUAACAAAUCCAGAAAAAGAUGAAAUUUUUGAGAGGCAAAUGAAAUAUGCAGAGGAGGUAAAAGACAUUAAACCACCAGUUGAAGACAUGAAUAAAAAUAGUAAAUUUCGAGAGGAUAUCAGGCAAUCAAACGGACCAAUCGGAUAUCCACUUUGUGCACAUUUGUUCGCUUGUAAUGAAAAUUAUAGACCAAUGGGUAGUAAUUUUUUCUCUAAUCCCAUUACUUAUCUACAGACUGAAAUCUCGCACGAAAUCAGUAACGAUAGUUCACAAAGAACAAAGACUUUGUUUUUGAUUCUUUUUCUCAAUGAACUCAAAAAUCGAUCAACAAAUCGAGAUGAGCACGUCGGAUUAGUUGAAGAUGAAUGUAAGAAAUUCAUGAAAAACUUCUUAGACGAUGACCUUCAACAAUUACAACCACUUAAUUUUUCAAAAUUAAUAGACAUUGCAAUUCACUACAUGGGGACACUGUUGUCUGGCAUAGAAAAAUCAAACAUUUAUAGAUUUAAACAUAAUACUAUAUACGAAGCUGUAGGAGAUUACUUAUUAAGAGAGUACUUUGAAUAUAUAGUCAAAGUAUUCCCACUGGAUAUCCUAGAAACUCGUGAGUUUUCUAUGUGUGAAGAAACCCAAUGCGAUGCACUGGUGUCUCGUUUUAUAUCAGAAGUAAAUAAAGGAAAUGUUUCUAAAGUGUUUGCCUGCAAAGCACUUAAAUGCCACACAUAUGCAGAACGUUUUUGCAGAUAUCUAAGUGAACAAACAAAGUCCUUCCUUACUGCAUUUCUUGCAACGACAGAUCUACCGUCCGGAUUUCCUUUGCCACCUACUUUCUGGAUAAGCAAACAUGGACUAUCCAUACUAACCAUAUUGCUCUUUGAAAUGAUGAAAGAAAAAGAUAUUGACAUAAAUUUACAUACUUAUUUCAGUGUUUUUGGUGAACUUUGUGCAAAAGAGGAAAAUUUGCUAAAAAUGUCAAAAGAACAAAUUUGCGAAAAUAUGAAAAAUACCAAAGAUAUUGUACUCAAUUAUGAAAUGCAUGAUGGAAAUUCGAUAUUACAUCUAGUGGUGCAAUCUGAGUUAUCUGAUAUUCAGUCUGUUAACAGAGUCAAAAGAUUCAUCAAAGAUGCAAAUCAAAGGAAAAAACAUAUUAAUAUUCAUAAAGAAAACGAUAAUGGCGAAUUUCCUAUCAGUACAGCAGCAAAGCAUGAUAAACACAGUAGGAUUCUGACUUGUUUAGCUCUUAUUCAUGAUAGGAUAGAAAACCUUCAAGAAACUGAUAAUAAUGGAUUUUCUCCAAUCCACCACGCAGUGUCAACACUAACCACUAAUAAAUCUAUCAAUGCAUUAGAGCUAGAGGUAAUGGUUCGUUCGGCCAUUUUUAUGGUUUACUCCGUGGACCCAGACCUACCGAAUAAUAAAAAUCAAAAAGCACUAGACUUGUGCAAAGACAGUCCUUAUGAACAUGUAAGAGAGCUACUUUAUUGUAAAAUGACUGAUCAACAUGAAAUGUCAAACCUCAUUCAAGCAAGGAUUUCGAGAAUUAAAAUAGAGUAUGAAAUCAAGAAUAAUUUGCACAUAACAAAUCCGAGAAAGAUGAUUCGCAAAGAACUCAUGCAAGCCAUAAGAAACUCAAUAUCCAUUCUCUGUGACAAGGACCUUACAAAGCAACUUUAAUGGUGUUUUGACAAGUGGGGUAGUUGGUUGUUAUCGUUAAACUACUGAUAAUCAAAACAAAGUACAAACAAAGCUCCCUUUGGAAAAAGGUCAUUCUUCAAAAUCAUUUGUCAGUUUUAUAUUUUAUAAAAGUCACGACAAUGAAAAUUAGUUUGAAUUACCACACUCAUACUGGAUUACUUCAGAUCAAUAGCGUGUUCAACUGAGUCACGCUUCUACCAAGCCUCUUUCUUUAUACUUCGCUGAUUAUUAACAGAAUUUAAGAAGAAACUAAAGCCAGGAGUACUUGUACAUUC